UCAUUUGUUCUAUCCGACAGGUUUUUAAAUUUAUAACCAUUCCUAGAGUAAACAUUUUCCCGGCACGUAUUUUUGUGUGGCGUGUUUCUGGAUGCACGGAGCUGUCGCGUGUUUCGUUAAAAAAGAAACAUGAAUUACUUCACCCCACAAUAAACGACAUUGAGUAUACAUGUCUCAGUAAGUGAACAGGUUAUAGCCCUGAAUAAGUUUUAAAAAAUUAUCAUUUUUAGAGAGAUUGCGCGACUUUUAGCUGUCUGUGCAGUUGCUAAAUGAUAGUCUGGCCUAUGUUUUCGUUUAAUUUUAAUUAUUUUAGUGAUAUUUUUACGGGCGAAACGCAGAGAAUACUUUAGAGAUAUAUCCACAUUACGUGUUUUUAGUAGAAUAGUUACAAUUGCGGCCUAUGAAACGUCGAAACAAGGAUGCAAACACCAACAUCAAAACACACAUCGACCUCAGUAUGAACAAGCGCUUCGAUUUUAGGGGAUGUUUUCGAGGACGUCCGCGCUCGAUGUAAACAAAAACAGCGAGUGCUUGUGACCCCAUUAUUUCCUCGUCUUAGUUCGCAGUGAAUACAACGCCGUUUCCAUUUCGUCCGAAACCAUGGCAGAUACAGCAACCACAACCCCAGCCAAGAAGAAGGUUACAAAGCCUAAGGUGCCAGCAGCGCACCCCAAGUACGUUGACAUGAUCAGGGCCGCCCUGGAAUCUUUGAAAGAGCGUGGCGGAUCUUCCAGACAAGCCAUUCUAAAGUACAUAAUGGCCAACUACAAAGUCGGCAACGACGUCAACUCCAUCAACGCCCACUUGAAAAUGGCUUUGAAGAACGGAGUGAAGAAAGGUGCUCUGAAACAAGCCAAGGGCACAGGCGCCAGUGGCUCCUUCAAGCUUGGUGACAAGCCCAAGACUGAGAAGAAGCCAAAGGCCAAGAAAGUUGCCAAGCCUAAGGCAGCAAAACCCAAGAAGGCCGCAGCAGCAAAACCAAAGAAGGUAGCCGGAGAGAAAAAGACUGCAGAGAAGAAGAAGUCCCCCAAGAAAGCAGCCGGACCGAAAAAGGUUAAGACUCCAAAGAAGAAGGCAGCAACUAAAUCCCCAAAGAAGGCAGCAGCCAAGCCAAAGAAGGUCAAGACACCUAAGAAGUCAGCUGCAAAGAAAGCCAAGACUCCCAAGAAGGCAGCAGCAAAGAAAUAAGCAAUUCCAGCAUCACUGCAGAUUGCUCACUUUAAAAAAAAAAAAAAAGCCCUUUUCAGGGCUACCCAUAUUUUUCGAAAAGAUGUCUCAAUUACAAAUAACAAAGAAACGUACAUGUGUGUGUGUGUG